GAUUGCUGCAAAUUGUUUACUUCCGUCAUGGCGACCUGCACAACAUGAUGAAGAAUGGAAAAAAAAUGAAAAAGAAACUGUGAUCGUGAUAAAGUGGACUGCUUUUUAUAAAUACUGUGAUGUAGAUCUGUAAAUUAACAAUAUGAUCUUCGUCCUGGUAGCUUAUGAAGCAAUUCCACACAGAUUCUGCACAAAAAGUAGACGACAGAAAAAAUGGGAGGAAUGCUCCAUGCUGGUAUUGGGGAAACCCAGCUUAACAAUCCGCUUUCAACAAUGAAUGUACACUGUAUAGACACUAAAUCUUUGAAAGCCAGAGAACAUGAAGUUGGCCAAGUAUUGGAGAAUCAUGCAAAAGAAUCUGAGCAUAAAUACUUACUAGAAGAAGCAAUUGGGUGUUUAAAUAUUAACACAGAAAAUGAAGAAGGAAAAGGAAUCACAGUAUCAACAGACACCUGCUGGCAAAAGAAGGGUUCUGGAAGGGCAUAUAACAGUUUGUCAGGCAUGACUUUAACUGAGUUUAAUCCAUCAAGAACAAAGUUCAACAAAUAA